AUGUCUUUCCGAGGAGGUUCGCGAGGACGCGGCGGCGGUGGAUUUGGAGGUGGCCGUGGCGGUGGCCGCGGUGGUUUCCAGCAGCGAGACAUGGGCCCUCCUGCCCAGAUCCUUGAAAUGGGCAAGUUCAUGCACGCCUGUGAGGGCGAGAUGGUCUGCGAGUCCAUCAACCCCAAGGUCCCCCACUUCAACGCCCAGAUCUUCCUCGAGAACAAGACGGCCGUCGGCAAGGUCGACGAGGUCCUUGGCCCCAUCAACCAGGUCUUCUUCACCAUCAAGCCCACCGAGGGCAUCCAGGCCACCUCUUUCAAGGAGGGCGACAAGUUCUACAUUGGCUCCGAGAAGCUCCUGCCCCUCGACAAGUUCCUUCCCAAGCCUAAGCCCCCGCCUGGUGCUCCCAAGCCCAAGCGCGCUGGCGGCGGUCGUGGCGGUGCCCGUGGUGGUCGCGGCGGCUUCGGUGCUCGCGGUGGCGGUCGUGGUGGUUUCGGUGGUGGUUUCGGUGGUGCUCGCGGCGGCGCUGGCGGUUUCUCGCGCGGUGGUGGCCGUGGAGGAAGCAGUUUCGGUGGCCGUGGAGGUCGCGGUGGCAGCGGUGGUUUCUCACGAGGUGGUGGUGGCGGCGGAGGCUUCAGUGGUGGUCGUGGACGUGGUGGUUUCAGCCGUGGAGGCCGAUAA